AUGGAUGCAACCUUGAAAGAAUUGACUAGUUUAGUAAAAGAAGUCUACCCAGAAGCCAGAAAAAAAGGCACACACUUCAAUUUUGCAAUUGUUUUUACUGAUCUUAAAAGGCCUGGCUAUCGAGUAAAGGAGAUUGGCAGCACCAUGUCUGGGAGAAAGGGGACUGAUGACUCCAUGACCCUGCAGUCACAGAAGUUCCAAAUAGGAGACUAUCUGGACAUAGCGAUCACCCCUCCAAAUCGGGCACCACCUCCUUCAGGGCGCAUGAGACCGUAUUAA